AUGUCAAAGAACCAAAAACCCACAGUAUACCUGUUCAUUAACAAGGACAGCGCGUCUCCGUCUCUCUCGAGGAGUCAUGGCAAAGACGCCUCAGCUAUCCUCAGCCAUGUCCAGUCAUGUCGAAACCAAAAGAACAAGCGACUACACAUGUUUCGCGUGGAUGAUGGCGUGCCAGAGCCACCCGCGAAACGACCAAGCUCACGGACUCCUCGACUCUCUCCCCAAAGUAUCGUCUCGUCCAGACAGAGCUCCCCGAGGCCACCACCAUCUCCCGGGGCUGAGACGUCGUCAAGCAGCAGCCCGUCUGUGUCUGCGAGCCCACUGAGCAGCGUUGGCUCCGCAAGUCCCCGACCUCACAGAACGGAAACGCCAGAUGUCGACGAACUGGUGGACUACUUUGACACCGUCUCUCUGACAUCGGACCAUCAACCGGGCACACAUUUGCAUAGGCAUGAUCUCUACCAGCAGAUUGUCUCUUCCGAGGAUUUCCGGAACUUCUCCCGGCGAAUUGCUGGAGAUGUCAACGGAUACGCCAUGCUUGCCUGUACCGCGGCGAGAAUGGCCGUCGACAUCCCAAGUCGUCGCGAGGAAUUCGAGAUCAAAGCGACCAGGUAUAUGCAACCAUCUCUGCGGUGGCUACGCGAACAGCUUGCGGAUCCACAGGCGAGAAUAUUACGUGACCGCCAGAUCCUGCAAGAGAUGCUCCUCCACUGCGUCACAAACUGGUACCUCGGCGAUCUUGUGGCUGCCCAGACACAUCUGAAGGCGAUGAGCUGCUUUACUGCGUCUCUUGACCUUUCGCGAAGCUCGGACCAAAAUUUGAUGGAUAUCAUCGAUCGCUGUGGUCUGUAUAUCACCAACCAGAGAAGGGCCGAGCACCUUCCAUAUCGGUGUGCGGAAUGA